CCACUCAAUGACCUAAUGUACUGGGCGGCCCCGCCCCUCUGCCCACCACUGCUGAAGGACUGCCUUGAUCUCCACAGAGCCGCACCGCCCUCACUCCCGCCGGACAGCAACACGGCCUCAGGCCCGGGGGUGAGGGACCUUCCGCGCUCCUCCUUUCUCGUCAUCUUCAUCCAAUCAGCGCUUCCAGCGAGCGAGAGUGACAAUCCUGACCGCCAAUCAGCUCUCCUUCUCGCUCUGACCAAUGCGGAUGUAGGGGCGGAGCCGGCGCCGAGCCUCCCGCACAGGCUCCUCGCGAGACGCGGGCGGAGGCAGGGCGGGCGGAAGAGCGAGUCACGUGGGCGCUCUCGGCCAAUCAGCGCGGGCAGGCGCGGGGUCGUCCCGGCUCCCGCCAAAUACGAGCGGGAGGCACAGGGCCGGAACCGGACGGAACGGGUUGGAGCGGGCCGGGUCCGCUCUGGUCUGCUGCCGCUGGAGCCGUGGCGCCUCGCCAUGGCAGCCAUGGAGUGCAGAGACAAAGCGGUCGUUCCCCCGCGGAGACUCGUGCAAGCUCGGUUGCCUUUCAAGCGCCUGAAUCCUGUACCAAAGGAGAAAUGUGAUGCAGAAGCAGAAGGCAAGAAAGGAAAGAGUUCUAAGAGUGGUUUGGGCCAAAGUAAGGAUUCUUCCACAGCCACAUCGUGUGCUUCCACGGACAAUAUGGAGAAUGACUGCCAGCUGAAUUCAGAUGUGACUUUUGUUCCGAAACUUGUUAACGGGAAGGGUCCUUUAGACCACUUUAUACAAAAGGGCUCAAAAGAUAACAGAGAUGAAAUCAUCGUCAUUAUUGACUCUGUAGAUGAGCCUAAUCAAAGGCUCAGUGAUGAUGUAGACCACGUUAAUUUUGAUUCAAAAGCAUCUUCUGCAGCUCUGACUAAUGGUGUGCUAGGAAAAGAUACGAACAAGCUGAGUUGCCUGAAUUCCACCCAGAACAGCCAAACUGAUGAUUCAAUGGAGACUGAUGUGCAGUGUGAAGCUAUUGCAAAUAAGGGUGAAGAUUUGGUAGAUGGAAUCCAGUCUUGUUCUGGGUUGACAAAGUGUAACAACUUGGAAAACACGAAGGUUAAUCAGGGUGAACUGAAGGACGUCAUAUUUGAGGGGAAGAUGCCUGUAGUGCUUCUUGAAGAUAUUAUGGCUGCUAAAUCUCCCCAAGUCACUUCUCUGGAUGGAAGUGUCACAUCAGAAAAUGAGACCGUAGAAUUGUCCCAUGAAGGAGACUCUGUACUUACUAAUUCCUCAUUAAGCUCCCUCUCUGUGAGCUCCCCUGAGGCACAGCCUGUUGCAGAAAGCAAGAGAAAUACUAGUCCUUUAGCUGUCUCAACGCCUAUUAGGAAGGUAUCUCAGAAACUCCACAAAAGUUCUGCAGAGAAGGAGAAGCUGAGAUUGCAAAGAGAUCAGGAGCGUGCUGACAAGCUGCAGAAGUUACAAGCAGAAAGGGAGGAAAAAGGAAGGCUGAAAGAAGAGGCAAAAGCUGCAAAGGAGCGAGCCAAGGAAGAGGCAAAGAAGAAGAAAGAGGAAGAGAAAGAACUGAAAGAGAAAGAGAGAAGAGAAAAGAAAGAAAAAGAAGAAAAGGAAAAAGCUGAGAAGUUGAGAGUGAAGGAGGAGAAACGCAAGGAGAGGCAGGAAGCCUUGGAGGCAAAACUUGAGGAGAAGAGAAAGAAAGAAGAGGAGAAACGGUUAAAAGAGGAGGAAAAGCGUAUUAAUGCUCAGAAAGCAGAAAUUACAAGAUUCUUCCAGAAACCAAAGACUCCGCAAGCCCCAAAGAUUCUUGCUGGCUCUUGUGGGAAGUUUGCUCCUUUUGAAAUUAAAGAGAACAUGGUCUUAGCUCCCCUCUGUCGUAUUGCCCUUUAUCCAGACUUCUUAGAACAGCUGGAUCGGCUCCUGCGCGCACAGAAUAGUGAAGUUUCUUUCUUGAGAGACCUCAAGUGUCGUAAGCCACGUAAAACUGGACCCACUUUUGUCAAUAGCAGUACCACAGUGAACAGUGAUGUGGUAGUGGUGGAUAACUGCAAAACAGAUGCUGUUCCUGAAAGGGGGAAAUUUGGUAGAAUGAAACUUCUGCAGUUCUGUGAAAAUCACCGUCCUGCAUACUGGGGCACAUGGAACAAGAAAACCACUGUCAUCCGUCCCAGGAAUCCUUGGUCAAAGGACAGUAAAUUACUGGACUAUGAAGUAGACAGUGAUGAAGAGUGGGAAGAGGAGGAACCUGGUGAAAGCCUUUCCCAUAGUGAAGGGGAUGAUGAAGAGGAAGGAGAGGAUGAAGACGAUGACGAUGGGUUUUUUGUACCCCAUGGGUACCUAUCUGAAGAUGAAGGAGUGACAGAAGAGUGUGAUCCAGAGAAUCAGAAGGUUCGUCAAAAGCUGAAAGCGAAGGAGUGGGAUGAACUGAUGGCCAAGGGGAAGAGGCUCCAUGUUCUACAGCCUGUGAAAAUUGGCUGCAUCUGGGAAAGUGCACAGAAUGACAGUGGCACAAAUGCAGACCUGAAGGUCCUCCAGCAGUUCACAGCGUGUAUCCUGGAUUCAUCUCUUGCUGAGGAAGAACAGCAGAUACAGAAAUGUAGCAAAAAAAGAGCAAAAGAUCAGCAGAUCCUUGGCCAGCUUCUACCACUGCUCCAUGGGAACGUGAACGGGAGCAAAGUGAUCAUCCAGGAGUUCCAGGAGUGCUGCAGGCAAGGACUGUUCAGUGAUGUGACUGCAGCUGAGAGUGGAGACACGAGCCCUGUGAGCCCCAACGCCUCCCGACCGCAGACACCAGUCGGUGAGGACAGCGGUGUCCCUUCCAAAGCCAGGCUAAAGAGAAUCAUUUCUGAGAACUCUGUGUAUGAGAAGAGACCUGAAUAUCGGAUGUGUUGGUACGUCCACUCGGAGGUGCUGAAGAGUUUCGAUCAAGAGCACCUCCCUGUCCCUUGCCAAUGGAACUACGUCACCCAGGUCCCUUCUUCAGGAAAGGAGGACGGUGGUGGGGUGCCAGGUGUGGCACCUGUGCAGAGCACCCCUGUGUCAGUAAAGAGGAAGUCCACUGGAAGUAUGUGCAUCACUAAAUUCAUGAAGAGGCCUAGGGGUGCUGAACAGGCUGAAGCCAUGGAGAUGGAUGGCUUUCAGGCAGACACUGAGGAAGAUGAGGACGACGACGACUGCAUGAUUGUGGAUGUACAGCCAUGCAAAGAUUCAACACUGACAGUCACUGAAACAGCUCCAGAAUCCAGUGGUACAGCUGCUGCUCACCAGGAUGCCAAUGUGGUCAGCCCAUCUAAUACAGUUUGAGACUUCAAUGCCUACUAACUUCUCUUGUAUGUAUGUAGAAUUAUUUAGAAAAUUUAAAACCCUGUGUAUCUUUGAACAAGAUACCUGAAAGUAUUCCAUAUUUCUUGUAAAGAGAAGACAGCACUUUGUUCUGCUUCAGACCAGAUGGAAGCUUAAAUCUUCUAGUUUUUAGCUUAAAAGAUAUUGCAUAUUAAUCUGUCCUUAAUAAAGCAUUAUUGAAAUUUUGGUA